ACUUGCGGUUGGGCCACAUCAGUUGCUGAGGGUUGUAGAGAUCUAGAGAGCCUACAUCUUGCUGGAUGCAGAUUUGUUACUGAUGGUGUGUUAAAGUCUCUUUCUAAGAACUGUCCUAAUCUCCAGGAGUUGGGCCUGCAAGGAUGCACCAACAUAACUGACCACGGGCUCACAGAUCUUGUUAGUGGUUGCCAGCGGAUCCAGUACUUAGACAUCAAUAAAUGCAGCAAUAUUGGGGACAUUGGAAUUUCCACUCUUUCAAAGGCAUGUUCAUCUUGUCUCAAGACACUGAAGUUGUUGGAUUGCUACAAAGUUGGGGAUGAAUCAAUAUCAUCUUUAGCCAAAUUUUGCAAUAAUCUUGAAACCCUUAUCAUUGGUGGCUGCCGAGACAUCUCUAUAAAAUCAUUGGCUGCAGCCUGUAAAAAUAGUUUAAGGAAUUUGCGUAUGGACUGGUGUUUAAGUAUCUCUGACUCUUCAUUAAGCUGCAUCCUCACUGAGUGCAGAAACCUAGAGGCUCUUGACAUUGGAUGCUGUGAGGAGGUUACAGAUGCUGUUUUUCAAGGUUUAAGAACUGUAGAAACAAAAUUGAGGCUGAAGGUUUUGAAAGUUAGCAACUGUCCAAAGGUAACAGUGACUGGGAUAGGCAUGCUUUUGGAGAAGUGCAACACUUUAGAAUAUCUUGAUGUGAGAUCCUGCCCACAUGUUACAAAGUCAGGUUUUGAUGAGGCUGGCUUGCAGUUUCCUGAAUGUUGUAAAGUAAAUUACACAGGUAGCUUAAAUGAACCAGAUGUUCUAGUUUGAGAACCCAGAUUUUAACACAUUGGAAAGUUGUGUCAUUGGAAACUUUAAAGCAAUCCCUUCCUGAGCAAGUCAACUGGGUAUAAGAAUGAACAAGGGCUUUUGCUGUUAAGUUUUCUCCUGUUCUUGUACAAACCCUGCAUUUGACUUGGAUUGAGUAAUGUUUGGCAUCUUAUUGAUCACCUUGGAUGUUUAUUUGUAUUUUGCAUGUACAUUGUUUCUUUUGUUAUUUUGCAUUCCUAUUUUAUCUUUGUCUUUGGUUUUCCCUUAGUUCUUUCAGCAGUGGAGUGUUAUUGUAAGAUGUUCAUUAUCUUAGUAUAAUAAUAAUAAG